AUGAUUGGAAGAGACGACUUCCACGAGUAUGUUGAUCACUAUGAAAAUGUUGACAAUGUUCAUAACGAUGUUGUGGAUGAUCAUGAUGAUAAUGCUAUGGAGUUUCAUGAUGAUAUAGGCGAUCAUAUAGGUGUGCAAAAUGUUACGAAUACAAUACCUACCUAUGAAGUUCAUGCCCCGUCAUUUCAUGCAAACACUUGGGAUAAUAUAGUUGAUCCUUCAAAUGUUGAGAUACCAUUUGCAUCAAGUUGGGUACGGGGAAUGAAUUUUAGCAAAAGGUUGAUUUUCCCUAAUAAAGAGGUGGUGAAGCAGGCAUUAAUAGUGUACUCUAUGGACAACAAUAGGAGUUAUACAACUGAGUGGUCCAACCAGCAGAGAUUGUGUGUGAAGUGCGUGAAUGAGUCAUGUGCAUGGAAAGUUCAAGCAUUCUCGCAACAGAAACUUAACGGACUAUGGGUCAUCACAGUAUACAACGGACCUCACACUUGUCCAUCAGUUGGGGUGAACAAAGAUGAUCACACUUACAAAAUAAAGGAUCUCCAAAACCUGAUGAAGGAAAGGUUUCAGCACGAAAUAUCGUACUACAAGAUAUGGGAUGCGAAACAAAAGGCCAUUGCAAACAUACAUGGGAAUUGGGAAGAGUCGUACCAAAAGUUACAGAAGUUGUUAUUGGCAUAUAACGAUAGUGAUCCGGUAGACGAGUGUCUUAUCGGUCAAUCAACGGAAACACAUCAGGUACUAUUAUAUUCAAGAAAGUUGUUGAUUGCAAUGGCUACUGAUGCUAACAAUGAGAUUUUUCCACUUGCCUUUGCGGUUGUGGAUGAUGAGACAGGGGCCAGUUGGGGAUGGUUUUUAUCUUGCUUGUGGAAAGCAAUACAACAUGUGGUACCCGAUUCCGGCAUUUGCAUAAUAUCUGACCGACAUAGAGCUAUCGUAUCUUCCAUUGAACAGUGGCCCCAUGAUUAUGUACCGGUAUAUCAUCGAUAUUGCAUUAGACAUGUUGUUAGCAACUUCAACACUCAAUUUAAGGACCCAUUCUUAAAGUCUCUGGCCUUGAAAGCAGGAUAUGCUACUCAAGCUCGCAAACUUGAUAAAAUAAUGGAUUGCCUUAAGGAAGCUGAACUCAAGUUCAGUAAGGAUCUUAGUACUGAGAAAAAGAAGCCGUACUCAUAUCUAAGGAAGGAGGAUUUGGAGAUGUGGACAUUGUCACAUGAUCGUGGACUCCGUUAUGGGGUAAUGACUACCAAUAUGUCGGAGUGUUUCAAUGGAGUUCUAAAAGGUGCACGUGGACUACCAAUAUCUGCAUUGGUUGACUACAUUUGGUGCAAACUUGUCGCCUAUUUCAAUGAUUGGCGCACUAAAAUAUUGGGUGAUAUUGCACAUGGUCAAGAGUUCAGCAGUUAUGCCAUGGAGAUCUAUGAAGCAAAUUACGAGAAAGGCCAAAAACAUUAUGUGAGGCCAUUUCACCAGCAGAACGGUGUAUUUCAAGUUUGCACAAUCUACAAUCCACAAAGAUCUAAAGGGGGAGACCAUAGUCAUGAAGUAAGGUUACAAGAUAACACGUGUACUUGUGGCAAAUGGGAAAUCUAUAAGAUCCCUUGUUCACAUGUAAUUGCAGUUUGUAUCAGGGAACAUAUCAAUGCAAUGAAGUAUAUUGACCCUUGUUAUAGUUUACGAGAACGACUUGCCACUUAUUCACAUGAUUUUUGUGUGCCAAAGGAUAAGUCACUGUGGCGAGAGGUUGUCGGCCCAAAGUUGUACCCUGACCCUGAUAUGUUGCGAGACAAAGGUAGACCUAUGUCAACAAGGAUAAGGAAUGAGAUGGAUUGGAGGGAGAGUCAACCCAAGCAGAAAUGUGGAGUGUGUCAUGUGGAGGGUCAUAACCACAGAAGAUGUUCGAAUGUGAUUCGCCCAUCAACAAGCAGUGAUGUUCCUAACUUGGUAAGCAUGCAUUCAAUUAUCAUAGGUAAAGUAUUUGGCAUGUAUAUUUAG